GUAUGUACUUACAUAUGAUUGCUUAGUUACGUCAUUGAAUGUUCUCUUCUCGCUUCGUUGUUUAUAAACUUAUAGAAAACAUUCAGUUUGCAAAAGCCAAAGCUCCUAACUAGUCGUUAAAAUUGUCUUGCGAAACAUCAACCGGUCAAGAUUGUCAUUAUCGUAAACAAACAUAAUUACAUAUAUAUGUGCGCAUUCGUACAAAGUGCAAUAAGAAGUAUUUCAGUGAAACUCAGUGAAUAUGAUCGCGUUACUACUUUUUCUACUACUGGGUACAUUACUCUUCUGGUUGAUUAAACACCAGUAUUCUUAUUGGAAUCGUCGCAAUUUCCCCAGCGAUCCGGAUACGAAUAUUCCUUGCGGUUGUCUAACAUCCGUCGUUAAGCAUGAGAAAUCUAUGGGUGUAGCAAUAUAUGAUGCCUAUUUAAAGGCCAAAACACCUUUCGUCGGGAUCUAUUUGCUUUUCCGGCCGGCGGUAAUGAUACGUGAUGCCGAAUUGGCACGGCAAAUAUUAAUACAAGAUUUUACCAGCUUUCACGAUCGCGGCGUGUAUGUCGAUGAGAAACGUGAUCGAUUGUCAUGCAAUUUAUUUUCGCUGCGCGGUCAAAGUUGGCGUUCGCUACGUCAGAAGCUGACACCAUCAUUCAGUUCGGGCAAACUGAAAGCCAUGUUUCACACCUCCGAUGACAUUGGUAACAAAAUGGUUGAACACCUUAAUAAAAUACUGCCCGAUAAGGGUAGCGCGGAAGUAGACAUCAAGGAUAUUCUUGUGACUUAUGCUAUCGACAUAAUCGGCUCGGUUAUCUUCGGUUUAGAUAUAAACAGUUUUGAAGAUCCCAAAAAUAAAUUCAGAUGUCUCGUACACAAAGCACGUCGCAAUAAUUUAAUCAAUGCAAAUAUCGGAAUGUUAAUCUUCUUGUGUCCAUCCAUAAUAAAAUUUAUGGUUCUGUUGGGUUUUAAAAAUAAUACCGCUGUUGGCUUGCGUGAAAUCUUAAAAGACACGAUCGAAUAUCGUGAAAAACACAAUAUUGUACGCAAGGAUAUGCUGCAGUUGAUGAUGCAACUAAGAAACACAGGCAAAAUCAACGAGGAUGAUGACAAUUGGAGCGCAAAAGCCAAUACAACCACUGGCGCAGAGAAGGAAUUCACUUUGGACGACAUAGCGGCACAGGGUUUUAUCUUCUAUAUAGCUGGUCAAGAGACCACUAGCUCAGCAGCCGCUUUCACCAUCUUCGAAUUGGCGCAAUAUCCAGAUUUGUUGGCGCGUGCCCAGAGCGAAGUUAACGAGGUGUUGGCGCGACACAAUGGCCAGAUGAGUUACGACGCUUUGCAAGAAAUGCCAUUUUUAGAUUUGUGCUUACAAGAAACAAAUCGCAAAUAUCCAUUCCCAUUUCUGAGUCGUGAAUGCACACAAGACUACAUCAUACCCGGCACUGAGCACGUGAUCGAAAAGGGUACACCCAUAGUCAUUCCACUGCUUGGCAUUCACCGUGAUCCACAAUACUUUACGAAUCCUAUGGUAUAUGAUCCCGAACGCUUUUCAUCUUCAAAUCCCAAUUAUAAUAACAACGCUUAUAUGCCUUUCGGUGCUGGACCACGUCAAUGCAUUGCUCUACGUAUGGGUAAAAUUAAUUCGAAAUUGGGUCUUGUAAAAAUUUUACAGAAUUUCAAUGUGGAAGUGAUGGGUAAAAGUGAAAUCAUCAUAGAUAAUCAUGCGGUGGGUAUUCAGCCGAAGGGUGGCGUAAAAGUACGUCUGUCAAAGAAAGCUAAGUCGAACAAUUAAGUGUGCCUGUCACAAUAUAAACGAUGGUUCUACUGCAUAAGUAUUAAGUUUUCUCUUUAUCUUACAAAUUACAUGUAAUCUAAUAGCAUACAUAUGUUUAGGCGUUAUAACGCUGCUUGCAUUUGUUACUCUUUAUUUAUUUAUUUUAAUAUUUCACUUGUAAAUAAUUUUGUCAAAUUAAUUUGUAUUUUCAAAACUACGUCUAAUCGAUUGAAAGAAUCAACAUUUUUAUGGUCACACAAAUACACAAAUAUUCUUUAAUUCCCUG